AUGGACGUGGACCACACACAAACUUUGAGUUUACCAAAUGGGGAUGUCGUCAAAAAACCAUUUCUUAUUGGCGUUGCAGGAGGUACGGCAAGUGGAAAAUCUACAGUGUGCAAAAAGAUUAUGACAGAGUUGGGCCAAACCGACAUGGAUCACACCCAACGACAGGUCGUAACGAUAAGUCAAGACAGUUUUUAUCGCGAACUGACACCAGCAGAGAAAGCAAAGGCGUUUCAAGGUCUUUACAAUUUCGAUCAUCCCGAUGCAUUCGAUGAACAACUGAUGUAUGACACAUUGGAAGCUAUAUUGAAGGGCGUAAAAGUGGAAAUUCCGGGUUACGAUUACAAAACAAAUUCCUUGGACUAUGAAAACAAAUUAACAAUUUAUCCCGCUGAUGUGGUUCUAUUCGAGGGCAUUUUGGUAUUCUACUUUCCGAAGAUAAGGGAUUUGUUUCACAUGAAACUGUUUGUGGAUACAGAUUCUGAUACCCGAUUAGCCAGACGAGUUCCUCGAGAUAUAAACGAAAGAGGAAGGGACCUGGAUGCUGUUUUGACGCAGUACAUGACAUUUGUAAAACCAGCUUUCGAAGAGUUCUGUUCUCCCACGAAAAAGUUUGCAGACGUCAUUAUACCUCGUGGAGCUGAUAAUACAGUUGCCAUCGACUUAAUUGUCCAGCACAUAAGGGACCUUCUCAAUAACCAGCCGUCGUCACGCAAAGGCUCCUCAUCUAAUAUUCAAAUUAACAUGAAUGUCGAUCUCCAAAAAAGUAACGAAUCCGGAGAUUCUUAUCGAGCUAUCAGAAGAUUUUCCACUUUGUGCAAGGAACUGACUAUCCAGAGCAAUGUCUUCUUCGAAAAGAACUUUAAUUUUACUAAGCACUAAGAAGAUGUCGCAAACACGCGCUUGUGACGACGCCUAUAAAUGCAACGAAAUACCUUUAGAAUGACAUUGUGAUUGAAUAU